AUGACAGCCUUAGAAGUCACCUUGAGAAAAUUCAAAUUUACUCGCAUCCUUUCUCACGAUACACGUAAUAAGCUCGUUUAUGUACUUGGCAACGUCGACGAUCAGCUCGCCAUUCUCUCAUUCGAACGUGCUCAAUAUGACGACGCUCUUAUUCCAGAGUUGGCGAAACACACCUGUCAACUGCAAGAUGUCAUAGAGAAUAACAUUUAUGGUUGGGCACUUGGCAACAUUGAUAUCCAACAACCCGACACUCGCAUCAAAAUCAUUUAUCCUGCCACUGAGCUCCAUGUAAAAAAAUACGAGCAGCAAGAUAGACGCAUGAUUGUGGAAACGCCAACCAUGUAUCGUGAUAUCACUCGUCCUUACAUUCAAAGUCUGCCUUCUGAGCGUAUUCAAUGGGUCACAAACAUUCUCAAUGGCACAUCCGAAGCUGAUCGCAUCAUUUAUCGUGACAAUGAUCCACAGAAUGGCUUUGUUAUUUUGCCAGAUAUGAAAUGGGAUGGGACAUGCGAAUCAUUAUAUUGGGUGGCCAUUGCUUUCCGAAAUGACAUCACGUGCUUGCGUGACCUAACACCAGCCCAUAUACCAUUACUCAAAAGCAUUCAAAAAGCUGCCUAUGAGAAGGUCAAGGAGAACACCAACCUGGAUGCUGAUCAGUUACGAUUGUUUAUCCAUUAUCAGCCAAGCUAUUAUCAUUUCCAUGUACAUAUCACAGCCAUUGCAUUUGCAGAUGCACCUGGUGUCGUGGCUGGACAAGCCCAUCUCUUAGAUAAUGUCAUUGACAACAUUGAAAUGUAUCCCGAGUAUUAUCAACGUGCAACCCUUCCCUUUGUUAUUGGUAACAACCAUCCAUUGUACCUUGCACACCAUCCUCAAAGUGAAUAA